AUGGCCGGCUUGCCACCUACCACAAUCCUCGCCGCUUCGGCAGGCAUUCUCGGCUCUGCAUGGAACUCGGGCGGCCAGGCGAUGCUGUCGGUGCUUGCCAUCCCGGGCCUGCUUUCCACCAGCUCUCCGGUGCCAACUCAGUUGCUCGCACAGCAGUGGGCGGGUAUUUACAACAGGGGCAAGGCGCUCGGCCCCCAGACGGCAGCGCUCUCGCUGCUGGGCUACGGCUACCUGGUGUACGACCGCCGCAGGCAGAGCCGUGAGUGGGGCAAGUACCUGGGCGCGGCGGCGCUCACGGUGGCGAUUGUGCCGUUCACGGUGUAUUUCAUGGACGCGACCAACCAGGCGCUGCUGGGCGCGGCGGCGGGCGGAGCGGGCAGCCUGAGCUCGGAGGCUGUGAGGGAGCUGGUGGUCAGGUGGAAGGGGCUGAACCUCGUGCGAUCGCUGUUGCCGCUGGCUGGAGCUCUGCUUGGCCUGUACGAGCUGGUCGGGCCCUGUAACGGAAUGGAAUGGACGGUUCGCGAGAAAGAUGCAGCUCUGGGGAGGACCUCCCUGCUCUCUGGCCAUGGACUAGCCGCCUCGCAAAAUGAAGCUGUGGUCGCCAGAUCAUCAUUCUCAAAAACAUUUGCCCAGGAUGCCCAGGAUGGGCCCCAGUUCCCCGGAAUGUCCCAGCUCCCAGCCUGGCUGGCUGGCCCUAUUAGAAGCGGCGUCUUGUCGACCGUGGUCGGUCAGUCGGUCAGUCGGUUCAUCAGUCAGCCAGGCCAGGCUGAUGUGAGCGACGCCAUCGCCAUCGCCAUGGCCACCGCCACAGCCUCAGAGCCCAAGCCUAUGCCAAAGCCAGCAGUUGAUGCGAAGGACUACUACGGUUAUCUCUACGAAGCCAACAAGACUCCAACCAAGGUUCUCGACGCCCUCUUGCGCGCCAUCGCGCAGCACAUUAUCGACCAUAUCGGCGACAAGCAAGACCAAACUCUAAGCCCGUCCAAGCUUGCUGCCUUUUAUAAGGCUGUCGGAGGCGACUAUGACCGACUCUUCGUGAAUGCCCCAAGCGAGUCCAUCUCCUACAUCUGGCAGGUCUUUGGCUGCCAGCACACUCUCCAGCCUACCGACAAUGACUAUGAGGCUCCCACCAUACCCGCCCUGACCCCAAGGGGUUUCGCUCGCUGGCAAUCCAUCCAGAUCCUGCUCGAGCCCGAUGAGCAUGUGCCCUACAUAGCGUUCGCGGUCAAGAACUGGGGGCUGAAAAAUCCCGACACGGGCGAGCCUUUCCCAAGGGACAUUCCUGCUACUGCCUUCCCCACCGCGCCGGAUCCUGACAUCACCGCGUGGCAUGCAGCCUGCGGCGAGAAGCUGCGCAAGGAAGCCACACCGAAGGCCUCGCCCAGGCCGACAUUUCCGUCUGCAGCCGAUCGCAUGAAGGAUGCAUACUCGCACGUCCCCGCCCCAGACUCAGCAGGCCCAACUGGCCGCCCCAGGCCGGCGAAUCUGGCAUCCGACUACUUCAACCACCGCCCUCCGUUUUUCACACACGUCAGCCCAGGUCAUGCAUCACGAUAUCCGAGAGGCGCUCCCUUGCGCGUGUCCCCUGACAGGAUGGAGAGGGUCAGGAGGAACGGCUCCUCGGCCGAAGACAUAGCUCGCGAGGAGCGAGCACGACGGCGCUCCUUCUCGGACUAUCCCUCUCCCCAGGAGCAGUUCUCAUCUGUACACCUGAACCCGGGAAGAUCUGCCCCGCCGAGACGCCAUUCCCACCCUAGGCGAGGCUUCAGCAGUGACGAGUCUGACUCCGAAGCUGACAUGAGUCCUCGGUCGAGACGGAGUUCCGGACACCACGCUCCCCCACCUCGCGGUCCAAAGGUCGCAACACGAUAUGCGCAUGUUACAGACUCUGCCACUCCCUCUCCCGGCAUACCACCACUUGCACCCGGUGGGUCUCCCGCGGUACAGGUCCCUAGCCUCAGGGCAGAUAGGCCAGACGGUGGGGUCAAGAUACGACCCGAUGGCCGGGACUCGCCGGUGUCGACCGGAAGAAAGAAGAGCACGUCGGCGCCUUUCGAAGGGGCCAAGGAUUGGGCCAAGGAGAAAAUCGACAAAUUCUCCGGCAUGCUCCCGAUAGUCUCAGAGAAGCCACCACGAAGGAACGCGAAUAGCAGCGGAAGCGGUACGAUCCCCAUUGACCGGAUCGACCGACUUUCCAGGGACAGCCUUCCUGGGUCCUCCAAAGUCAGCCGGAGCUGGUCAUAUGACGACCAGAGUGCGUCUGACUCGGACGAACGAGACCGGCGUCGAAGGAGGAGACUUCAUGAGCGGGAACGUAAUCGUCGAGACCGAGAGAAGGAAGCGUAUGAACGGGAAAGGGACAGGGACAGGCCGCCUCGUCGCAGCAGGGACGCGCCCCCAGACUGGGAUGACCUCGACCCAAGGGACAAGCCGCGGAGCAGGAAGGAGAAAGAGGCGAGGUAUCUGCGCAGGCCGGACAAUACGCGGAGGACGAGCAGCCAUGCUGACGUGGACAGAUACAGACAUGAUGCCUUUGAGCUGCGGGAUCGGGAGAGGUACGGGGCUGAAAGGGAUAGGAGGCGGAGGGGAGGGAGUGGGUACGAAGAUAGGGACAGAGACCGAGACAGAGACAGAGACAGAGACCGAGACCGAGAUCGAGAAAGGGAAAGGGAAAGGGCACCGAGCCCGGAAAUCAAGGGAGUUAGCGGCCGACGAUACCCUACAGAGCCGGCAUGGGUUCAAGAUGAAUGA